AUGAUUGUGUUGUCAACAGGUGGGUCGUGGAGAAUUAUGCGUGGGGCGUGCGCGUGCGCGGUGGUGUGCGCGUUGGUCGCGUUGUGCGCGGCCUCGGGGCUGGACGAGGGGACCCGCGCGGCCGCCGAGAGGCAGCUGCUGGCGCUCCUGGGGCUGCCCCACCGGCCGCCGCACACACACCGCCCGCCGCCGCCCGUGCCUCGAGCCAUGCGCCUGCUGUACGAGGGCUCCAUACCCGCGGCCGCCGCCAACACCGCCCGCUCCUUCUACCACACUCACACCGAGCUGGACCACCGCUUCCCCGGCGAGCAUCGCUUCCGUCUGUACUUCAACAUAAGCGGCGUCCCCACGGAUGAGGUCGCGAGGGGCGCGGAGCUCACGUUCCAGAGGGCUGUUGGGACGACCGGCAAUCAGAGACUGUUGUUAUACGACGUGGUCAGACCCGGGCGGAAGGGUAAGAGCGAACCCAUACUGAGGUUACUGGACUCUAUACCGCUCAAACCUGCCGAGGGGACGGUGAAUGCGGACGCUCUCGGAGCUGCGCGGAGAUGGCUCAAGGAGCCUAAACAUAAUCAUGGACUUCUAGUGCGUGUUUUAGAGGAGGGGUCGGGUAGUACGGACGCUAAGUUUCCACAUGUGCGUGUGAGGAGACGUGCGACGGACGGUGAUGAGGAGUGGCGGGCUUUACAGCCGUUGUUGAUGCUUUAUACGGAGGACGAGCGAGCGAGGGCUGCCAGAGAACGUGGAGAAACGAAGUUGACGAGGAACAAGCGCGCGGCUCAGAGGAGAGGCCACCGCGCGCACCACAGACGCAAGGAGGCGAGAGAGAUCUGCCAGCGACGGCCAUUGUUCGUGGAUUUCGCGGACGUCGGCUGGAGUGAUUGGAUCGUCGCCCCUCACGGGUACGACGCGUACUAUUGCCAGGGCGACUGUCCGUUCCCGCUAGCUGAUCACCUGAACGGUACAAAUCAUGCUAUCGUUCAAACUCUGGUCAAUUCAGUGAACCCAGCGGCUGUGCCUAAAGCGUGCUGUGUUCCCACGCAACUCUCAUCUAUAUCAAUGUUAUAUAUGGACGAAGUGAACAAUGUGGUGCUUAAAAAUUAUCAAGAUAUGAUGGUUGUGGGCUGUGGUUGCCGAUGA